CCCCACCUCCUCCUCCCCCCCCAAAAUCAUCAGAUCCGCCUCCGCCUCCUCCUCCUCCACCUCCUCCCACCCCCUCGCCGAUCCAGAUCCAUCGCCGGGGAGGCGCCAGCCAUGGCCGGCGGCGGGGGCGCCGGCGGCAUGUCGGAGUCGGUGCUCCGCAAGGUGCUCCUCUCCUACUGCUACGUCGGCGUCUGGAUCUUCCUCUCCUUCGCCGUCAUCGUCUACAACAAGUACAUCCUCGACCCCAAGAUGUACAACUGGCCCUUCCCGAUCUCCCUCACCAUGGUCCACAUGGCCUUCUGCUCCUCCCUCGCCGUCGCCCUCGUCCGCCUCCUCCGCGUCGUCGAGCCGCCCUCGUCGCCCGCCAUGACCCCGCAGCUCUACACCUCCUCCGUUGUUCCCAUCGGCGCGCUCUACGCCAUGUCGCUGUGGUUCUCCAACUCGGCCUACAUCUACCUCUCCGUGUCCUUCAUCCAGAUGCUCAAGGCGCUCAUGCCCGUCGCCGUGUACUCCAUCGGGGUGCUCUUCAAGAAGGAGACCUUCAGGUCGUCCUCCAUGCUCAACAUGCUCUCCAUCUCGUUCGGCGUCGCCAUCGCCGCAUACGGCGAGGCGCGCUUCGAUGUUCGGGGUGUCGCGCUGCAGCUCGCCGCGGUGGCGUUCGAGGCCACGCGGCUCGUGCUCAUCCAGAUCCUGCUCACCUCCAAGGGCAUCUCGCUCAACCCAAUCACCUCUCUGUACUACGUCGCGCCGUGCUGCCUCGGCUUCCUGCUCGUGCCGUGGGUGUUCGUCGAGCUGCCCAGGCUGCGCGCCGUCGGCACGUUCCGCCCGGACUUCUUCGUGUUCGGGACCAACUCGCUCUGCGCCUUCGCGCUGAAUCUGGCGGUGUUCUUGCUCGUCGGCAAGACCUCCGCGCUCACCAUGAACGUCGCCGGGGUGGUCAAGGACUGGCUGCUGAUCGCCUUCUCGUGGUCCGUGAUCCGGGACACGGUCACGCCGAUCAACCUGUUCGGCUACGGGAUCGCCUUCUUGGGGGUGGCAUACUACAACCACGUCAAGCUGCAGGCGCUCAAGGCGAAGGAGGCGCAGAAGAAGAUCAGCCAGGCUGAUGAGGAGGCUGGCUCGCUGUUGCAGGAGCGCGAUGGGCACAGUGAUCGCAAGAGCGAUAACCAGGCAUAGAGCCACCACCAGAUCUGAUCCUGGCACACACAAAUUGGGUAUCUGGUGCAAAGUGCAAAAGACUGUAGUUUGGUUGGUCUACGGUUGCUUUCAAGGAGGUGGACACCAGUUUGUUCUUUCACUUAUUUAACUUUAGUUGGAUCUGGAGGGCAAAUCAAGGGAAUUUAUUGGUUUAGGAAAAUACUUGCACUUGCACCUACUUUCUGGAGGACUAGAGUAAACUUUCAUGUUACCCUGUUAUUUAUUCAGCUAUUUUUGUUCCAGAGAAAGACAGCCUCGUUGCCUCUCUCGCUCAUUGCCUAAAAUUUAUUUGUUCUACUAGUAGCCUAGGUACUAAAAAUGUACUUCUACAUAUUGGUAUUUUGGUGGUUAUCUUCUAUAUAUAAUGAGCUUACUGUAAUAUUAUAAUCUACUGCUGUGUAUUUCUACCUUUUCAAUUUGAAUGGUUUAUCAA